GUCAUUAUCGAUAAUCAUCAGGAUCUAUUUUUGAAAAAAUUCCCUCUUCCUGUUUUAUAUUCUGAGGCGUGUUUCGCAAAAUCAUACUUAUACUCUGAAAUUCUUUCUAUCAAAAUAGUCUUUACAGAUUCACAGCUGCUAAUUAUUUUAUUUUGAAAACUGCUUCGCAGAAGUCGCGAAAGUAAGAGAGUAUGUCCUUUUACAAUAUUCAAGGCUAUGAAUGGGUCGUGACGUUUCUGAUAAGCGUCAGCCGUACAAAUAAAGCUAAAUGAAUUUCAUCGAAAAAUUUUUAAACGACACACGUUUCGCCUAUAAGGAAAGUUCACAAUUUGAGCAAGGUGUGUUAAUUCAAUGCUAGUGUGAACAUGAAUCUCAGCGUCGUAAUCAUCUUUUCGGCGCUCUUCCUUCUCAACAACGUCAAUGCCGAUGCAGGUGAAAAUUGCACUGCACACGAUGGUUCUGCCGGGGCUUGCAUCCUUCUAUCGACAUGCGAUGAAUUGUUAGAGAUGAUUAUGACAUCGAAAAGAGCAAAGAUGAAUCAUAAGGAUGCCAUUGCAAUCAUCCAAAAAUCAACUUGUGGGUUUAUACAAGUCGAGCCUUUGGUUUGUUGCCCUGGUAAAAAAUUGGGUGAUGAUGCUUUGAACGAUCCAUCACCAAAGUUUGAUGAAGAAUAUGACGCAGAUAGACCCACGAUUAAAACAACAAAAUCACCGAUCGUCACAUCAAAAACUAUGAAACCAGGACAGAAGCCACCGCAACACUCACAACCAUUAACCACCACUAAGCUACCGAUGCAAACAACUCAAGGUAUACAAAGUGCACCAACUACAACUCCUCACGUUGGUUUUACAAAUACACCAAAUGUGGCUACAUCCUCAGUCCCCGCGGGACAUACAACUUUUGUAACUAGUACUAGCGUGCCGCCAACCCAGGCAUCUACAUCACCAUCAGUUUCUGCUACAACUACUACUGCUAAACAUACAAGAACGACAAGUGGUGCAACAACUACCGAAUCUUAUACAGAUGUUAUAGUUAAAGAGCAAGCUAAGCUACUACCUGAAGAAUGCGGUCGUGUUUUAUCUUUCAAACACUUCUUUGGAAACCGUACUGAGUUUGAUGAUUUUCCUUGGAUAACACUUAUAGCAUACGAUACUCCGGAUGGCAAAUUAUACGCUUGUGGUGGAUCUCUCAUAAGCAACCGCUACGUCCUGACGGCCGCGCACUGCGUCAACGACCUCAACCCCACGUGGAAGAUGAGCGGUGUGCGUUUCGGCGAAUAUGACACUUCAUCAAAAAUCGACUGUCUGCCCGAUGGCCCUGAUAAUUCGACCUUCUGUGCCAACAAGCCUAUCGACAUCGCGAUAGAGAAGAAAAUCGUCUAUCCAGGAUUUAUGCCUUUGGACCGCAGUCGGCUGCACGAUAUUGCUUUGCUGAGACUUGUCGAGGAAAUUCAAUUCACGGAUUUCGUUAAACCGAUUUGUCUGCCUUUUAAAAAUCCGGAUCCUCAAAGGUAUUACACUUCUGGUUGGAGUAAAAAUCUUCUGGCUGAAGGAACAAACCUCAAGUACAUGUCUUAUUUGACAUUGGCUAACCCGACUAAGUGUGCGAACCAAUACAAAUCCGAAGGUAUUAAUCUUUCGGAGUAUCAAGUAUGUGCCGGCAUACAGCCAACGGAGAAGGCAUGCAUUGGCGAUCUGGGUGGACCGAUGAUGGGCAUCGAAGAGCGUCCAAACCAACAGAAAAGAGUUACAGCCUUUGGCGUUCUUUCUCUUACCCAUCCGCCUCAAGAUAGUUGUCAAAAUGAUGGUUGGCCUGGCAUUUACACGAAGGUCGGCGAAUACGUACCGUGGAUCAUCAGCCAGCUUAGACCAUAAGAUAAAGCUGGGAUUAGAAAAGUUGAGGAUGAAUAAAUAAAUAUGGAUUGCAUUUUAUAUAUACCCACGUAUAAUUUUUUGUUGUAUUUUCAAAGCUUUUUGCUGUGCUAAUUUUUACAGUAACGCUCAAUUUUACAACCUGAUAUAUAUUGUAAUGUAACGAAGUAGUGUGUGUUGAACGCUCUUUAUAUAAUAAAUAAAUCUGAAUUAUUCAA